AUGUAUGUAAAUGCUUUAAAUUGGAAUUGGAUCGUACAAAUUACUAUUACAUGGACUGGUCGAAUCAGGGAUUUUACAUAUAAGGGUCUUUUACAAUGUUUUCAUUGUGAUGUAUUUUCACGUGGGGCUUUCCAGUUCGAUCCUUGCGGUCUACCGUUAGCUCGAAUUAGUCCGCCAAUUCGCUAUGUAAAAUACAGUAAUGACCUGCCUGUUUUAAAACCUGACUUGUAUACAUAA